CAGUUACCUUUUAAUUCCUCAGCAUCGCCGCCGGCCGGCGGGGAAGAUGAGGCGAUGGACCGGCGGCGUCGUCAUCCUUGCCCUCGCCCUACUUCUCAUAACCCGCCACGCCCUUCUCCUCGCCUCCACCUACGCCGCUUCCCCUCAGCAUCUGUCCCCCUCCCUCCCCGCUGCUUCUCCGCCUGUGCUUUCUGCUCUCCUCCACUCUCACCGGAUCCCUGGCCUCGACGAUCUCUUCCCUGCCCGCAAUUUCACCGCCUUGCCGCCUCAACUCGGCACUUUUAACUCGAGUAUGGCCGUGUGGGCUCAUAUGCGCGCUCUCCUCCUCAGAUCCGACGCGCUCCCUGGUACUGCAGACGGUGUGUUGGAGGCAUCUAUUGCGUGGAAGGAGCUGGGUGUCUCUCUGGGCGAGAGGAUCGAUGGCAAAGAGGCCUCUUUUGUGCUCCCUGAUGCUGCCCAGCUCGAGAAGAGGAGCUGUCCUUUUUCCAUCAGCGGAAGCGGGAGCUCCGUCACGAUCCCGUGUGGGUUUGUGGAGGACUCUGCGGUGACACUGGUUGGAUCUCCCGUUGGGGUCAAUGGCAGUGGCCGAUUUUGGAUUCAGCUCGCUGGAUCUGGUCUCCCCGAUGCUCAACCUUUUGUGCUGCAUUACAAUGUUAGCUUCGGCGAAGACGGGCCUGCUCUUGCGCAGAACUCGAGGACGCCGGAUAAAGGUUGGGGCGUGUGGGAGUUCUGCCCAUCUUACGGAUUCGGCUCCAUCGAAAGCAACCCUAAAGUCGAUGGGCUCGUUCGGUGCAAUGAGCAGUUAGCCGAAAGCAUGAUAUCCAAGACUUCAAAUGGGAGUUUGUCAAACAAUAGCAAGCCUCAUGAGCCAUCAAAAAGGAGCUCACAGUUAAGUUCUGGUUUUCCAUUUAUUGAGGGGCUUCCAUUUACUGCCACAUUAUGGGCUGGGAUGGAAGGACUCCAUAUGACCGUCAACGGGAGACAUGAAACUUCAUUUGCUUACAGGGAGAGUCUUGAGCCGUGGUUGAUCAGUGAAGUCAGGGUGGGUGGUGAUUUGAAUCUUCACUCAUUGCUGAUGAACGGUUUGCCUAUCUCCGAGGAUCCUGAUUUAGUCGAUAUGGAAAUCCUCAGAGCUCCACCACUGCCCAAGAAAAGGCUUUUGAUGUUGGUUGGGGUUUUCUCUACUGCAAACAACUUCAAGCAGAGAAUGGCUUUGAGAAGGUCUUGGAUGCAAUAUGAAGCUGUUCGAUCGGGUUCUGUUGCUGUGAGAUUUUUAAUUGGUUUUCACAAGAACAAGCAAGUCAACUUGGAACUAUGGAGAGAAGCUCAAACUUACAAUGACAUCCAGAUGAUGCCUUUUGUGGACUAUUACAGCCUAAUCACAUUGAAAACAGUUGCCACUUGUAUCCUUGGGGCCAAAAUUCUGCCUGCUAAGUAUAUCAUGAAAACAGAUGAUGAUGCCUUUGUAAGAAUUGAUGAAAUCCUCUCUAAUCUAAAGAGAACUGCUUCCAAGGCACUCUUGUACGGUCAGAUAUCCUUUGAAUCAUCACCUCACAGAGAUGAGGAUAGUAAAUGGUUUAUAAGUCCUGAGGAAUGGCCUGAUGAAUUUUACCCACCAUGGGCUCAUGGUCCUGGAUACAUCAUAUCCAGGGACAUUGCCAAGUUCAUUGUUCAGGGUCACCAAGAGAGAUAUCUCCGACUGUUCAAGCUGGAAGAUGUGGCAAUGGGAAUCUGGAUUCAAGAAUACAACAGGAGUGCGCAUGAGGUAAACUAUGUGAACGACGAUCGAUUUCACAACGAUGGCUGUGAACCCAACUAUAUUCUUGCUCACUAUCAAAUGCCAAGAUUGCUACUGUGCCUAUGGGAGAAGCUACAGAAAGAACAAGAGGCCAUAUGUUGUGAAUAGCUUCUUCAUUCAUCCAUGCUGCGCCAUUUUUGUUGCUAGAAAACGAUGAAGGUUAUGAACAUUGGAGCAACCAUGGGAGAACAACUCGGGCGCGGCUAAAGCCGAAAGAUAAAGAAUGACCAACAUGAUCAUUUUUUAUUUCCUGUAAGUUUGUUGUGCACUUAUGUGUAUUAUAAGAUGUUUGAUGUAAUUUACAUUGUAUUUGUAUUAUGAGUGAAUUAAACUCUACCACAGAUGUUAUCAAGUGAUAGGCUUUGCCAAAUUUUAUCUUAGGCCAUUUCAAAUAAAAGAAAAUAAUACUUCAAAA